AUGGCGCUGCGGGUGCGCGGCCGCCAUUAUGGACUGAAAGCUGCUGAAAUCGUUAGCGCCAGUUUGCGCGCCACACAACCAAACUGUGAAGAAGAUGGGCAAGCGGUCAAAACGCAAGCAGUGUUCUGCAAUAAAUUGCAAAAAUUACCAGUCCACCAGAAGCGAUUUGGCAUUUCAUCGAUUUCCAAAGGAUGCACAAAGGUGUGCCAUGUUCCUCCUCCCUCCAAACAUCGGACCUACAGGGUGUGCAGUGCCCAUUUCCACAGCAGCCAGUUCAAAAGACCAUCUGAUGUCCAUGGUGGGCUGAAAUGGGAUGCUGUGCCCACAAAAAUAGAGGCCUCUAACCCACCUCCCCCACUAGAUGUCGAGAGGAAGCGUAAACCUCCGAAGACACGGCAGGAGUUGCCACGUAAAAAACGCAAGCAGAGUCAUGUUCCUCCUCCCUCCGAAGACCAGCACACCGGGGAAGCUGUAGUGGGGCCUUCAUCAUGGGCGCAGUGCACUGAGGAAGCUGUAGCGGGGCCUUCAACAAUGGAAGAGGGAGACAUUGAGGAUGUGUCAGUAGCACCUUCAUCCGUACAACGGCAUGUUCGUACAGCUGCUGUGAGGGAGCAUUCGCUCACAAUGAAGAUCAGGGAUCUGAAGAAUCAAGUGAGUAAGCUGCGAUCAAAAGUGAAACAGCUGCGACAAACAAAGGUCAGCAGGGCAGGUGAUAAGGAGCGGGUGAUGAAGGAACUGCAGCGUUUGCUUCCUGCUAAAGCUUUUGCGCACACAAUUACGCAUGUAACAAGGUUCGUCAGAAGGUUACAGGUGGAGCAGUUGGGAUAA